AUGCAUGCUUCACCUGCUUAUCCUCAGCAGAUUCUUUUCACAGCGUCUGUUCCUGAGAAUAUGUUUACUGUAGAAGAAGUUCCUAUUAUUGCGUCUAUUGUAGAGUUACCAGAGUCACGUAAUCUAUCGGACAAAGCUGAAGAUGUUGACGUCAUGCCUCGCGACACUCUUGGAAUGUUCCAGAAUCUUACUGCGGCUGCAGCACAUGUUAUGACAUCAUAG